UCCAGUUGUUGGGAUUACUUCUCUUUGUGUUAAGGUCUUUACUGCUUUUUAACAUGAGCACUAGACAUGGAUCAGGAUCUGUCAAGGGGAAAGGAGGCUUGGGUGGUCUUAGCUCAUCUCAUGGAUCUUCUAGUGUUAGGGUGUCUUCUGGAAAGCAUAGCUCAGGUGGAUUUUAUGGUGGUGGUGCAUCAGGUGUUAGUUAUGCAGGAAGUGUGCAUGGUGGAUAUGGAGGAAGCAGUGGAAGUAUGAGUGGUGGCUAUGGCAGAGGGCUUUGUGCUGGUGGUGGAUAUGGCAUUGGUGGUGGAGCUGGCUAUGGUGGUGGAGCUGGCUAUGGUGGUGGAGCUGGCUUCGGUGGUGGAGCUGGCUAUGGUGGUGAAGGUUGUUUUGGUGGUGGUUCAGGCUUCGGUGGCGGAUCUGGAUAUGGUGGUCACUUUGGCUUUGGUGGUGGACAUGGAUAUAAAGAUGAUUUUGGAAUACUCUCUGGCAAUGAGAAGAUAACAAUGCAGAAUCUGAACGAUCGUUUGGCCUCAUAUCUUGACAAAGUACAAUCCUUGGAAGAGGCCAAUGCUGAAUUGGAGAAAAAGAUACGAAACUGGUACGAGACACAUGGUCCAAAGCCAAUCCAAGAUUACAGUCACUACUAUAAAAUCAUCGAAGAACUGCAGAGAAAGAUCCAAAAUGCCACGCUUGACAACGCUCAUGUUGUCCUCCAGAUUGACAACGCCAGACUGACAGCUGAUGACUUCAGAAUUAAGUAUGAGAAUGAGCUCCAUAUGCGCCAGUCUGUAGAAGCGGAUAUCAACGGACUGAGGAGAGUCCUGGAUGACCUCACUCUCUGCAAGAGUGACCUGGAGCAACAAGUGGAGAACCUGAGGGAAGAACUGGAAGCCCUGAAGAGGAACCACGAGGAGGAAAUGAAGGCGCUGAGAGGACAGGUUUUGGGAACCGUCAACGUUGAUAUGAAGGCAGCACCGGGAAUUGACCUGCAGAAAGUACUGCAUGACCUGAGACAAGAAUAUGAGUCGAUGAUUGUCAAGAACCAAAAGGAAAUGGAACGCUGGUACCAGGAACAGUCUGAAGAACUGAGCAAGCAGGUGAAUACAAGCAGCCAAGAGAUCAAGAGCGUUCAGACUGAAGUGAUCGAGUUAAGACGCACUCUCCAGAGCCUUGAAAUUGACCUCCAGGCUCAGCUCAGCAUGAAAAUGGCUCUAGAGGGCACUCUGGCAGAGACAGAGGGACGUUACUGUGUGCAGCUCUCCCAGAUCCAGGCUUUGAUUCAGAAAGUAGAGGCAGAACUGGAAGAGAUACGCUGUGAGAUGGAAAACCAGAGCCGCGAAUACAAGAUACUCUUGGACAUAAAGUCACGUCUGGAACAAGAGAUCAGCACUUACCGCAGCCUGCUGGACAGCCAGGGAACCCAGAUUCCUAAAGGUUCAGCAGACCUCUCUUAUUCCUCUGAUUACUCAUCGGGUUCUCAGUCAGGAAAACAAGGCGGAUCACAUUACACUAGAACUCGCGUAGAAGAUAGUGAUGGACGUGUGAUCUCUUCUCGUGACCAACACCAUCAAUCUGGCUACAGAAAGUGAACCGACCAGACUCUCCUCUUCUCCAUCUUGCCUAACGCCGUAUGAGGGAACCUAUUUUCAUGUCUGGAGUCAAUCAAAUUUCUAGAUUCUUUAAUCAAACCAUCUGGGCUAAAGUUCUGACGUUUAUAGGUAUGAUACUUACUAUACUGAGUGGUUCCAGUAAUACCCCUGGGUAUCUGAAACACAUUGUUGGCAUCACAGAUUGUAAUGUUUGAAGGAUUGCAUUGUUUAGCAUCAGUAUAGUAACAGUUGCCCAGUGUCUUUCUGUUAUGUUCUGUCUUCAGACAUCUUUGUUAACUAAAGUGGGUCUUUCAUGUCUUUAUUAAAGCUUUGCUAUGUGGCUUUCAUUACAAA